CGCGUUUCGAUGUCGCCGAUGUCGCCGCCCGUGCCCUACCCUCCUGCCGGCUUCGUCCAGCGGCGGCGGGAGGAGGAGGCACUGCGCCCGCAAUUACCGCCGCAGAGCGUCUCGCCGUCGACGAAUGCCAAAGCCAGCCUCAACGAGCCGCCCUCGACGAACGCCAAAGCCAGCCUCAACGAGCCGCCCUUGACGAACGCCAAAGCCAUUCUAGGCCCGUGCUGCCCGUGCUUGCCUCUCAUGUCCACCUGGGCCGACCAGAUCGAGGCCGCUCGUGGGCAGCACAGCGACGUGGCAACUUUCGACGCUGCGUGCAGCUGGGUGCAGGACGUCGCCGCUCCGCAGCGGCUCCUGCCUGACGCCUGCCUCUUGCGGCUGUAUGCUGCCUUCAAGCAGGCGACAGUUGGCCCGGCGCCGCCGCGCUCUGGCCAGUUGGACCCGAAAAAGCGCGCCAAGUGGCAGGCGUGGGACGCUGUGCGCAGCCUCGACAAAAGAGAGGCUCGCCACCUCUACUGCACGCUCGUCACACAGUUCUCAGCGGCCGCCGCGGCGGCGACGCCAACGCGAGGAGGUCAGCCUCCAACGCCAACGCCAAAGCCGACCAGCGCGCCGGCGGCCGCCACGGAGCUGCUGCCCGUGACUUCCCGCGUUCUCUCUUUUGGACCGAGCCGCAGCGGCGCAGUCGUGUACCGCGUCGCGUCGCGCUGGGCCGGCGGCGGCAGCGUGUCUACGCACCGGCGCUUCUCAGACUUCCGCACGCUGCACACGGCGCUGCGCAGCCCGCUCUCGCUCGGCGAGUUCCCGUGCGCUCGGGCGCCCUUUCAAACGAGCGCACUGGCGGCGCGCCGCGUCGGAGAGCUCUCGGCGUACAUCUCCUCGCUUCUGAGCACGGCGUGUGACGCUCUCGCCGCGGCGGACGGGGCGGGCGCGGCGGGCGGAGGGGCACGCCUUGCCGCGGUCGUGCUUGUCGACUUUUUGGGCGGGCGGCCGGAGUCCCGCGCGCAGACUCCGACGCCGAGCAAGCCGACGGUCGGUUCGGCGGCGGCGGCGGCGGCGAGCAGCGGCGGGGACGAGCCCGCGGCGGUGGCGCCAAAGCCGCUGGGGGGCAGCGCCCUAAAGUGCGGCGGGGGCAUGCUCGCAAGCCUGGCCGUCUGCAUCGGCCCCGCAGCCCCCGCCUGAGCCGAAGGCGCGCGAGAGCCGGGUGCGCGGCGGUGAGGUCCGGUUGGAGGCGGGGCGGGGACGGCGCGGGCCUUCCGGAUGCCCCAGCGCGGGACACGGUCAGGCUGCCUCGCUGCUUCCGUGUCGGCUCGCGCGGCAUCUCUCAAAUGUGACAUGUUGGGGGGCAUCUGUGAGCCCCCGCCGUGUGUUCAACCUGCUACCGCGUACCGGGUGUGUACAGUCCUCCGACCUCGUCGACACGUCAGCGUAUUUUUCGAUUUAAACAGCACAUGUCAUGCACGGUAC